ACCCUGCUUUUUUUCGCGGCGAAUAACAUUGAAGCCGGUGCGGGAUUGGCGCGUCGCAGGCCCUUCCUCCAAGCAGCCGAUCACGGUGGAAGAAGCAUCUGGACACUCUGCGCGAAAGCAGGUCAGGCAGCCUAGGAUCAGGCAGGAGAAGCUCUCGGCACCGCUCUGCCACGCAGCACGCACAGCACGCAGCGCAGGACACCAAAUGGAGAGCGGUGCAGUGUUGUCCGACCAAGUUACGCCGGAGGACUCCGACUCUCUUCCAAUGGUUAUUGACCAACCGAAGCCGGAUAACAAUAUGGAUAAGGUUAUGGAUAACUCCAAGCCUUUAUCUGAACAAGAGGCGGCCGUUUACGACCGUCAGAUUCGUGUUUGGGGAUUCGAGGCCCAGAAGCGUUUACGCGGGGCUCGUUUAUUGGCUAUAGGCUGCACAGGGGUGGUUGCAGAGGCUUGCAAAAACGUGGUUUUAGCUGGACUAGGUUCAGUGACUCUUCUUGAUGACACCCCCAUCUCUGCCGACGUGGCCUCUUCCAAUCUCCUUGUACCGGGUGGAGGGGUCUUGAUGGCCUCUCAAUCUUCUUCUGGGGGCUCAUCUGAUCCUCCUCCUUCCUCCUCUCCUCUUCCUCCGGGCUCUGCUGCUUCUCCUAUAAGACCUACCAUGGCUGAGAUCUGCGGUCCCAACUUGCAAGAACUUAAUCCGAUGGUCCACGUGGCAGUGGAACCUGGUCGCUUGGAGGAUAAGGACGAAGAUUUCUUGGGCCGAUUUGAUGUUGUCGUCCUCGGCCGGGCACCCAUCGUCGUGCAGAAGCGGGUGAACGCCACGUGUCGCCUCCAGAAGAAGUCGAGAGUGGCCUUUUACUCGGUCGAUUGUCGGGGAAUGUCGGGCAAGAUCUUCGCCGAUCUGCAGACUCAUCCGUUCUCCGCUAAGGGCAGGGAGGCCGAUGGACUCCGGAUCGAGACGUUCGUUAGCCUCGAAGAUGCCUUAUCCAUUCCGUGGAAACGUUAUCCAAAACGGACUCAUAAGCUCUUGUACGCGAUGCAGGUCAUUGAGGAGUUUGAGCGGAGGGGUAGUCGUCAGCCCGGGGCCAUCACACGAGAGGACUUGGGGGCAAUCUUUGCGCUGAGGGACGAGAUGGCGGCGGCCCAAGGGGUGCCAUCUGAUAAUACUGUUGACGACAACAUGAUCGAACGGAUAGUAAUGGCAGGGGCAUUGGAAAUGCCGGCUGUGUGUGCGAUAUUGGGAGGCAUCCUCGGGCAGGAGCUGAUGAGAUGUGUAUCAGCGAAAGGACUGCCAAUCAACAACUUCUUCUUGUAUGAUGCAGUGCUAGGUGAUGGGGUGAUAGAGAGGUUGAUUCCAGAAGGAGGAGGAGGAGGAGGAGGAGGAGGAGGAGGAGGAGGGGAAGAAAAAGGAGGAGCAAAAAAAUGAAGGGGACGUGGAUUGAUGAUUGAUUGAUCGGAUGAGCAGUGGAUGGAUACGGAGGACACGUCGUUUUCUUCUUCUUUCCCGCGCUUUUUUUUUGGUUCGGGGAAGGAGCAACGAAAUAGGAACGAUGUGGACGGAAAAUGGAUAAGGAGGACGGACCUCCGACUUUCCCGCGGGAAAAUGGAGAUUGUUGAUUUUGAUCGGAUGAGCAAUGGGUGGAUACGGAGGACACGUCUUCUUCUUCUUCUUCUUCUUCUUCUUCUUUCCCGCGCUUUUUUUUGGUUCGGUGAGGGAAAAUGGAUAAGGAGGACGGAUCCCCUUCUACUUUCCCGCGUUUUUGGGUGAUUAAGAGGUUGAUUCCAGAAGAAGAAGACCGCGCUGUUUUUUCGGUGAAGGAGCAGAGAAAUGAAGGAUCUGGGCGGACAAUGGAUAUGGAGGACGGACCCUUCUGCUUUUUUUUUCCCGCGCUUUUUUUCGGUGAAGGAGCAGAGAAAUGAAGGAUCUGGACGGACAACGGAUAUGGACGACGGAUCCUUCGGCUUUUUUUUCCCGCGCUUUUUUUUCCGGUGAAGGAGCAGAGAAAUGAAGGAUCUGGACGGACAAUGGAUAUGGAGGACGGACCCUUCUGCCUUUUUUUUUUCCCGCGCUUGUUUUCGGUGAAGAGGAGCAAACAAACCAGAACCUGGGCGGAAAAUGGAUACGCAGGACCUUUCUUCUUUCCCGCGCUUUUUUUUUGGGUGAAGGAGCAGAGAAAUGAAGGACGUGGACGGACCAAUGGAUAUGGAGAACCCUUCUGCUUUCCGGCCGUUUUUGUCUCGGUGAAGGAGGAAGCCAAUGAAGAACCUGGACGGACAAUGGCUAUGGAUAUGGAGGGCGGACCCUUCUUCUUUCCCGCCCUUUUUUUUUCGGUGAAGGAGCAAUCAAAUGAAGGCCCCUGGUCGGACAAUGGAUAUGGAGGAAGGACCCUUCUGCUUUUUUUGCCCCGCGCUUUUUUUUCGGUGAAGGAGCAGAGAAGUGAAGGACGUGGACGGACCAAUGGAUAUGGAGAAACCCUUCUGCUUUCCCGCCGUUUUUGCCUCGGUAGAGGAGGAAGCCAAUGAAGAACCUGGACGGACAAUGCAUAUGGAGGACGGACCCUUCUGCUUUCCCGCCCUUUUUUUUGGGUGAAGGAGCAAUCAAACGAAGGCCCCUGGUCGGACAAUGGAUAUGGAGGACGGACCCUUCUGCUUUUUUUUCCCGCCCUUUUUUUUUCGGUGAAGGAGCAAAUGAAUGCAGUAUGAGUCAUGGAGACAAAUCUGUGGCGCACUUCGACGCUCUUACAGACGGACGCACUUCGUUCCCGCGCUUUUUAUUUGGCAGGCGGGUCUUGGCGGUAGUUCAGUCCUGUCAAAAUAAAGACGACUCAAAAACAGAACUGAGUUAUUUUUUGUUGGCUUCACCAGAGCUCUAUUGCUUGCAAAUCAAUGCCUGCGUGUAGA